AUGGCGGCCGCCGCGGGUUUGGGCGACGGCGACGGCGGGAGGCGGCCGCUGCGGGUGUUCUUCCUGCCCUUCUUCGCGCGGGGGCACCUCAUCCCGAUGACCGACCUGGCUUGCCGCAUGGCGGCGACGCGGCCGGCGGAGGUGGAGGCCACGAUGGUGGUGACGCCGGCCAACGCGGCUCUGAUCGCCACCACGGUCACGCGCGCCACGGCAUCGGGGCACGCCGUGCGCCUGCUCCAAUACCCGUUCCCGGGCGUCGGCCUGGCCAGUGGGGUGGAGUGCCUCGGUGCCGCACCGGCGCAUGACGCCUGGCGGGUGCACCACGCCGUGGACCUGUCGCAACCGAUCCACGAGGAGCUGAUCCGACAGCACCGGCCCGACGUCAUCGUGGCGGACGCACCGUUCUGGCGGACCACGGAUGUCGCCGCCGAGAUCGGUGUCCCGCGCCUCACGUUCCACCCCGUCGGCGUCUUCCCGCAGCUCGCCAUGAACAAGCUCGCCCCCCUCCGCCCCGACAUCGUCCGGGCCGGCGGCGCCGCGGGUCCGGUGGUGUCCGUACCAGGGAUGCCCGGCGGGAAGGAGAUCGCCAUCCCGGCGUCGGAGCUCCCGGAGUUCCUCGUCCAGGAAGACCACCUCGCCAUGUCGUGGGACCGGAUCAAGGCGGGCCAGCUUGCCGGCUUUGGCGUCAUCGUCAACACCUUCGCUGCCCUGGAAAAGCCGUACUGCGACGAGUUCAGCCGCGUAGACGCUCGCCGCGCGUACUUCGUCGGCCCAGUCGGCUCGCCGUCGCACUCAACCGUGGACCGCGGCGGCGACGGUGACGUGGAAUGCCUGCGUUGGUUGUCGACGAAGCCGAGUCGGUCGGUGGUGUUCGUGUGCUUCGGGAGCUGGGCCCACUUCUCGGCGCGCCAGGUCCGGGAGCUCGCGCUGGGGCUAGAGGCGUCGAACCAGACCUUCCUGUGGGUGGUCCGCUCUGGCGACUCCGACGCGCCGGAGGGGUGGGAGCAGCGCGUCGCCGGCCGCGGCAUGGUCGUUCGCGGGUGGGCGCCACAGCUGGCGGUACUGGCGCACCCGUCGGUGGGCGCGUUCUUGACCCACUGCGGCUGGAACUCUCUGCUGGAGGCCGCGUCGGCCGGUGUGCCGGUGCUCACGUGGCCGCUGGUGUUCGAGCAGUUCAUCAACGAACGGCUGGUCACCGAAGUGGCGGCGUUCGGGACGAGGGUGUGGGAUGGAGGCAAGCGCAGUGUGAGGGCGGAGGACGCGGACAUCGUGCCGGCAGAGGCGAUCGCUCGGGCGGUGGCCGAGUUCAUGGAGAGCGGAGAGCGUCGGGAGAAGAUGAGGGCCAGGGCAGAGGAGCUGGCCGAGAACGCGCGUGCGGCGGUCAGCGACGGCGGGUCGUCGUGGCACGAUUUACGCCGCCUGAUCGACGAUCUGACUGAGGCUAAGGCCUCAAGGGUUCCCCGAAACGAGGACCCAUAUCAUCGCAGUUAA